GCGGCGGCGGCCGGAAGCCGGAAGCGGAGGCUGCCCGGGACGGCGGCGCCGUGACCCGCGGGCGGGCAGCGCCGGCCGCGCCAUGACGGGCAAGUCGGUGCGCGAUGUGGACCGGUACCAGGCGGUGCUGGCCAGCCUGCUGGUGGAGGAGGAGAAUAAGUACUGCGCUGACUGCCAGGCCAAAGGGCCCCGCUGGGCAUCCUGGAACAUUGGGGUCUUCAUCUGCAUCCGUUGUGCUGGCAUCCACAGGAACCUGGGGGUCCACAUCUCCAGGGUCAAAUCUGUCAACCUUGACCAGUGGACACAAGAACAGAUCCAGUGCAUGCAGGAGAUGGGCAAUGGCAAAGCAAAUCGUCUGUAUGAAGCCUACCUGCCAGAGAACUUCAGGAGACCUCAGACAGAUCAAGCUGUGGAGAGCUUCAUUCGGGACAAGUAUGAGAAGAAGAAGUACAUGGACAGGAGCAUUGACAUCUCUGCCUUCAGGAAAGAAAAAGAUGACAAAUGGAAGAGGAGCAACGAGGCAGUGUCAGAGAGGAAACUGGAACCUAUCAUCUUUGAGAAGGUGAAAAUGCCUCAAAAGAAAGAAGAAACACAGCAGUCUAGGAAAGGUUCUCCUAAAUCUGAGCCAGUCAUGGACUUGCUAGGACUUGAUGCUCCUGUGCUGACCACCAUUACCAACGGCAGGCCCAGCAGCUUGGAGAAGGAUCUGGAUCUUUUUGCAUCUGUGGGCUCAAACUCUGACUCCAGGAAGGUCACUGGCUCAAUGCCCACCUCUGGAAGUGCUGGGUCUGUCCCUGAAAACCUCAACCUCUUCCCUGAGCCAGGAGGCAAAGGGGAGGAAGUGGGGAAGAAGCAGCUCUCUAAAGACUCCAUCCUCUCCUUGUAUGGUUCCCAAACACCUCAGCUGCCUGCCCAAGGAGCAAUGUUCGUGGCCCCAGCCCAGAUGGCCUACCCUGCAGCAGCAUACCCUGGCUUUCCAGGAGUAGCUCCUUCCAGCAGCAUGAUGGGAGGCAUGAUGGCCCCUUCAGUGGGCAUGAUGGCCCAGCCUGGAGCCACAGGGAUGGUGACCCCCAUGGCCAUACCAGCUGGGUACGUGGGUAACGUGCAGGCGGCUGUCAUCGGCGUGCCCAACGGGCUGAUGGCUGCCCAGCAGGCUGGCUACGUAGCUGGGAUGGCAGCAGUCCCCCAACCAGUCUAUGGUGUGCAACCAGCACAGCAGCUUCAGUGGAACAUUGCUCAGAUGACCCAGCAGAUGGCUGGGAUGAACUUCUAUGGAGCCAAUGGCAUGCUGGGCUAUGGACAGUCGAUGGGUGGAGGAGGUGCCCAGGGCAGCAAUCAGUCACUCAGCACUCAGCUGUGGAAAUGAUCCCUUGCGUCUGUGACCAUUUUUGCCUUCUGUUCUGUUCUUCAAAACUGCUCCAUGAGACAUUCAGGGUUGGUUAAUUGGUUGUUGGUUUUGCUUUGUUUUCUUUCUGGCUGGGUUGGCCUCCAGCCUUGAGCCUCUUUCCAUACCUGAGACCCAUCUCUGCCUUGUCGCUGUCGGACACGGUGAAACCUCAGCGGUCAAAAAUGAGCUCCCCUCUAUUUAGCACAGUCAAUGCACACUUCUGGGGUGGGCACACACCCUCCUCUCCCUCCCCCCCUCCUCUCCACACCCUUUAUUGGUUUUGGGUUGGGUUUUUUUCCUCCCCUCCUUGCACAAACCUCCACUAAUGCUUCUGGGUAGCACUUCCACAUCCUGCUUGGGUGUCUGGGCAGAGGUGUGGCUGAGGGAUGUGGGAGGGCAGACACCACAGGCAGUAUUAAAGAGAGACCUUUGCUCAAUCACUUCAGCUCUAGUAUUAGUGUAAGGGUCUUGCUUGGCAGAGAAGGGUGCAAAACCCCCUCCUGGUGCUGAGGAACUGGAUUGUAAGCUGAGCCCAGGGGCAAGCAGAGCCUUGCUACCUCUUCCCCUUGAGUGGAGUUCUCCAGAGCUGAGACUUUGCUGUGCUUGGCUCUCCACUAACCCUCACUGGAACCAAAGUCAUUUUGAAGCCCCCCUCCUCCUCCUCCUCUUUCUUCCUUCUCCCCUUUUUCUUUUCCCCCUUCCCCCUGCACUUUGUGAGCAAGCAGGACCCUCUCACAGUGCUUGGGGGAGCCCAAGCUGUUUGGAAUGUGAAUCUUGCACUUCAAGAGUGGCUUUUUUCCCUGCCUGAUCCUUUUGGUCUUGGAUGUAUUUAACUUUUAACGAGCUAACUGAGAGAGGUUUAACUUAUCAAAGGGCUGAGAGCCCACUGCAAGUUCUCUUACACUUUUCAAACCAUUCUGACAUCCUAAUUUAUACUUUUUUCACAUAUAUAUAUAUAUAAGUGUAUUAUUUUUUUGGUUGUUGUUGUUGUUCCUGUGUGUUCCUCUUCCCAACUUAGCUUUUUCUUUUUGUUGCCAUUUUAAUCUAGGCUUAAAAAGUGUGGAGUGGGUUCAGGUUUCUUGGUUUGGUUGAUUGGUACUUUUUUUUUGGGGGGGUAGGGGGUGGGGGGGUGUUUAUUUUUGGGUUUCUUUCUCAUCUUUAGUAGACCACAACUGCUUCAACUCAUCAGCUCACAGCAAGAAGUCCUAACUUCUGGCACCUCCUUCCACUCUGUCUAUAUGUAAAUUCCUCCCCCAAUAAAAUACUGCAGUGAAACCUCAA